AUGGCUAAUAAUUUAGGUGCUAUUUUAUGUGGAGGGGAAAACUUGUUAUGUGACUUCAGUCAUAUAUUUAGUCGAACCUGUGGGAAAAGACACAAUGCUUUAUCUGAAAAAGAUGGUUCAAUAAAAUGUGAAGGAAAGUUUUCAAAGGAACAUAAUAUUGUUAAAAAUAGUAAAGAUGAAAUAAAUAUAUGUGGAAAAAAUAAUUAUGAUGUUUCAGGAUGUUAUAAUACUUGUAAUGAUGAAAAAGAAUACAUAUAUGACGGACAACCAACUAAAUUUAGUAUAAACAAUAUAUAUUUAAAUUUUAAAAAUAAUAAAACAGAAAAUGAGAAAAUUUUAAAUGAUGUUACAAAAUUGGGCAAUGAAAUAUGUGAUGAAAAAAUUAAUUGUAUCUGUAUUAAAAGUGGGGCGCGUGAACAAAAUAAUUGUGGAGAAAAUUAUUAUCCUGAUAAAAUGAAUGAAUAUAAUAAUAUAUUAAUUGACAGAAGAAAUACAAAUUUAAUAGGAAAUAAUAUAAAAAUCGAAAAAAAAAGUUCAAGCCAUUUAUAUACUGAAAACACUAAAAAUGUUCCAUUUUUACAAGACAAUAAUCCAGUUCAAGAAACAUAUAAUUUUGGAAAUGUGGAUAAUAGUAUAGCACUCAAUAAUUCAAAUUGUUCAAAAAAUAAUAAUAUAAAAAAUGAUGAUAAUGAAAGUAACAAUAUAAUGGAACCGCAAACUCAUAACAACGAUAACUUCCCCAAAACAGACAUUUCUUCCAUAAAUAAUAAUGAAUCCUCUUAUCCUUCCUCUGAAUUUAUGUCGGUUGUUAGUUGCGGAAAAGUAGACGAAUAA